CAUCAUCAUGGACACAAGCCCGGACCAGUCCUUCCCCGGCAGUCACUGGCUCCACUUCUCCGUGUACCUCAUCACCUUCCUGGUGGGGCUCCCCCUCAACCUGGUGGCACUGGUGAUCUUCAUAGGCAAGCUGCAGCGCCGCCCCGUGGCCGUGGACGUGCUCCUGCUGAACCUGACCCUCUCGGACCUGCUGCUGCUGCUCUUCCUGCCGUUCCGCAUAGUGGAGGCGGCCAGUGGCAUGCACUGGCCCCUACCCUCCAUCCUCUGCCCCUUCUCCAGGUUCCUCUUUUUCACCACCGUCUAUCUCACUUCCCUGUUCCUGGCAGCUGUGAGCAUCGAGCGCUUCCUGAGUGUGGCCUAUCCACUGUGGUAUACGACCCGGCCCAGGCUGGUACAGGCUGGCCUGGUCAGCGGGGCCUGCUGGUUCCUGGCUGGUGCACACUGCAGCGUGGUCUACUUCACCGAACUCUCGAGGAACUCUUCCUACAGCGAGGGUACCCAAAACACCUGCUACCUGGCAUUUGAGGAGAAACAGCUGGCUGUUCUCCUGCCUGUCCGGCUGGAGAUAGCUGUGGUCCUUUUUGGGGUGCCUCUGCUCAUCACCAGCUACUGCUACAGCCGCCUGAUAUACUUGCUCAGUAAGGGAGCCAGCCGUCACCGGCGGAAGAGGGUGGCAGGGCUUGUGGCAGCUACACUCCUCAACUUCCUCGUCUGCUUUGGGCCCUACAAUGUGUCCCACGUUGUGGGUUACAUUCAGGGUAAAAGCCCGGGGUGGAGAAGUUAUGUGCUGCUCCUCAGUACCCUGAAUUCCUGUGUUGACCCCCUGGUCUACUACUUCUCAUCAUCUGGGUUCCAAGCUGACUUUCAGGGGCUGCUGGGGAAGCUGCCUGGGGCCCGAGGNUUUUGGAGGCAGGAGGGCAGCAAAGAACAGGAGAAGAGCGGAAGAGAGGGGCCGCAUCGGGAGCUGUCUAACCUGGAGAACAGAUAGUGGGCCCUAGGAGGGCAGUGGAGCGGGCAGCCAAGUGGCAUGGACUGAAAGACACCCACAGAGCAGUUGCUAGCUCAAGUCAGGCAGGACCUCGGAGAGGCAGGCUGGGGAUUGAUGCAGCCAGGGCAGAGCGGGCACCCAGCCUUCCAAAGGAUGUGCUCACCCAAGCCCGACUCUUGAUCUCACCCCACUGUCCUCCCUUCCCAUCCCCCCACAGGCUCUAGCUUAGGCUCUGGGAAGUAGUCAAGGUGAGAGAGAGCUCUGGAGAGAAAUGAGUUCCCCGUGGCAGCAGGCCAGCUCCUGUGCUUUACUGAGGGUGAAGAAGCAAUUGAGAGCAGUGCCCAGGGUCUGAGGGGACUUCCCAGUGACUUGGGACCAGAGAGAAGGAGAAUCUACCCUUCCGAGCCACUGGCCUGGUAGGUCAGGGGUAGGGAAUGCAGGACUCCGGGCACAGGGAGCAUCCUGCUCACGUGAGCUUUUCCAGAAAGUUUCCAUUGUUCAAUAAAUUCAACUUUUCAGGGACGUGUAUGAAAAAAAAUGACAGAACAGAAACUACCUAAAUAAAUUUGACAGCAAGCAAAAGAGAAUGGUCUUUCCUUACUCUGUCUUCUUAUGGUGUAUGCGGGUCAGGUGGAAUUGGUGGACGGAAGGAUAAAACUCCUAGACUCUACAGGAAUAGGGCUAAACAGUGAGAUGCCCGGAUGCUGGGAGAGGAUCUGGGUUGGAGGAAUAAAAAUAAUAGCUCAUCCAUCUUGAGGGCUUGUCCUGACACGUGGGUUUCUUCAACCUUCUGGACGGUGAGCGGCCAU